GGUGGUUAUGGUUAUAAGGAACGAUGAUGAUGUUCUUUAAUUGUGUUACAUUUCGUUGUUUCUGGGAAUCGACUCAGCCUUCUGCAGGCAGCGCUUUCAUUGUUAGUAUUCGUAUAUGUUGUUUACAGUCCUCAGGUAUCUAGAAAUAGGGUCUAGACCAAGAAGGUAAACUAGAUUGACUGAGCCGAUCAAAGACGUAGGACCUGCUACCCAAAAUAACCCUAGUUGAGUUUUUCGUUUUACACGCAAAGAUAGACUGAAGCCAAAUGGAUAUCAAUAACUAUACACAUCAACAAUUGUCGCUCAGAAAACGGUAUAAACAUCUUCCCACCCAAGACUGCGACCGUCGCGAAUCCUAUGUCAAGCAUUAUGUCGUCAAAACUCUCCCGUAUACACACGCAUGUCGCCUGUUAUCCUCAACACCACCUUCUAUAACCAAAGGGUCGAUCAACGCUGAUUCCCUCCAUGUCAUUCGUUCAUCAUCGUCAUUUUAUGCCGCAUCAUCAAACGAAGUUCACAUUAUGGUGCAGAUGCAGCAGUCGCACUCCUCAUCGCCGCAGUCACAGCCGAAGCAUGGUUUUUGGACGGAUUUGAUGGGUUUCUUGAUCGAGGAUCCGGAACUGGUGGACGGGAGCAUAAAGUUCAGGGGAGAAGAGAUAGAGGAGGCGCCCAUUUUGACUGUGGGUGUAUGUUGCUUGGAACGGUGGAUGUGAUAUGGGUCGUUAGGUGUAUAUAGAACAAGAUGAGGGGAUUGACAAUACGCAGAAAGCUUCCGAGGAUCAGCAGAGAGUACACUGGUAAGCAC